AUGAAUUUACCUGAUUUUCUAAAUGAUAAUUCAUCACUAGAUCUGAGGAAAUUUAUUGAUAAUGACAAUAAUAACAACAAUAACAAUCUUAAUAAUAGCAAUAACAAUAAACUAAAUAAUACAUUCAAUACCAAUUUCAAUCAUUUUAAUAAUAAUUUUUCAAAUAUAAGAAGAGAUAGUUUACCAAUAAAUGGAGUUUAUAGUAAUACUAAUAGUCAAUUAAAUAAUAAUUUUAUAGAUCCAAUAUCAAUUUCAAAUAAUGAUGAUCCAUUAUCACAAUCAAAUUUUAAUGAUAUUUUAUUUAAUAAAUUAAACAAUUUAUCAACAAAUUCACCAAAUUUAGAUUUUUUAAAAGAUUCAUUUAGUUCAAACAGUACUAAUAAUAAUAAUAAUAUUAAUAAUGGUAAUAAUAGUAAUAACAUUAGAGAUUCAUUUAAAUUGCCUUUAGAACUUCGAGGUGGAAUUUCAAAUAUUUCUUCACGUCGUCCAAGUUAUGCAGCUGAAACUUUAAUAAGAUCAAAUUAUUUUAAUACUAAUCAACCUUUAAAUUCAAAUCAAUAUAUUCAUCAAAAUCAAUCACCUUCAAUUAAUUCUCAAAAUUCAAAUUUUUUUAAUAAUGGUAUAAACAAUCAUAAUAAUAACUCUAAUUUUCAAGCAAGAGGUAAUCAUUAUAUUAGUAAUAAAAUUAAUAACAACAAUUUUGAUUUGAGUGAUUCAUUUAAUGACUUAAAUAUGGGAGUGGGGUCCAAGUUUAACGAAUAUUCUCAACAACCACAAGUAAAUAAUUUUGCACCAUUUCAGCAGCAACGACAACAACCUUAUUACCAAAAUCGAUUAUCUCAACAUCAACCAAAUCAACAUCAGUCACCCAAUUCACAACAUUUACAAAAUUAUUUACCUCAACAACAACAACAACAACAGCAAAGCCAACCACAACCAAUAAUGGGUCAACCUCAAAUACCUGGCCAACCUAUAAAAUUAGAAAAUGGCUUAUUGUUAAAAGAUCAAUAUAUUGUUGCUUCACAAGAAUUGAAAGAGCUUUAUUCUAAAACUACAAAAUAUUUUCAAGAUCCAACUAUCACAAGCGAAAUUGUUAAUAAGAUGAAUGAAUUAUUGACUAAUUCAAUCAUUUCUAAGCUUAUUACAUUUAUUAAAAAUUUGAAUAAUUUAACUUUUAAUCAUAAAAUUCUUUGUUUGGUCAUUAACAAAAAUGGUAAAUUUGAUUUAUUAUCAUAUCCAAAUAAUUCUAACAUUUUUUUACAAAAGAAUGAUUUGGUUAUAGUUGAUGGAGAUAGAGGUAAAGAUUUAGUAAUGAUUAUUGAACCAUUGGUAAAUUUAAAUUUUGCAAUUUUAUUCAAUUUUCUUAAAAAAUUGGAACAUUUAAAAAGUUUAACUAUAAAUGAUGGAAAUUCUACAAAAGCUCAUGGAGGUACUCAUCCAACUUCAAUGAAUGCGUCAACUAUAAUUAAUUCUCAUUCUAAUGAAGACAGUGAAUUUAUAAUUACUUUACCAAUAAAACAAGUCCUUAGAUUUGCAACUCCAAAAGAAGUUCAUAAAAUUAGUGGUAAAUUUUUGGAAGAAAAGAAAGCAUUUAUUACUUGUUUUAAUAAAAUUAAAGAAUUAGGUUUGGAUUCAGAUUUAACUUUGAUUAAUGUUGAAUAUCAAUGUGAUUUCAAAAAGCUAAUCUUUUACUAUUUUGCAGGAUUUAAUAGAAUAGAUUUUAGAGGAUUAAUUAAAGAACUUUUCAAAAUAUAUAAAACUAGAAUUUGGUUAUGUGCUGUUUUACCAUUUAAUCAACCAGAGUUGUAUAUAACAAUGGAUGAGGAAGAAAGGGACGAAAAUGAGCAGGAAAAAGAAUUAAAAAAUUCAGAAGAGCCAACAACUAUCACUAAUUUAAUACCAAAAGAAUAUGAAUUAUCAAAUGAUCAAAUAUUAAAUUUCUCAAUUACAGAAUUUUCAAAUUUAUCAACGCCAAAUUAUUUUCAUCUGUUAAAUUUAAAGAAUUUAUUGAGAUCUUUAUCAAAUGAUAUAAAAACUGAGUUUUUUGGAUUCAAUCCAAGUUAUACUAAUGGUACAACAAAUGGGACUAGCGUUACAACAAAUGGAACAAAUACUAUAAAUAAUAAUAAUAAAAUUAAAAAUGGGUUAUAG